CCCGUUGCCAUGGUUCCCAGGGCAGCUUUGGACGCGCGGAGCCGCUACCGGGGAGCCUGAGGGGAGUCCGCGGGACUCUGGGUCCCGCAUCGGGGCCCACGAACCCGCAGAGGCACCAUGGGCCGGAUCACAGAAGACCUCAUCCGACGGAAUGCCGAGCACAACGAGUGUGUGAUUUUCUCCCUGGAGGAGCUCUCCUUGCAUCAGCAGGAAAUAGAAAGGCUGGAGCACAUUGACAAAUGGUGCCGAGACUUAAAGAUCCUCUACCUUCAAAACAACCUCAUCGGGAAGAUCGAAAAUGUCAGCAAACUCAAGAAACUCGAAUAUUUGAAUUUAGCUUUAAACAACAUUGAAAAAAUUGAAAAUCUGGAAGGAUGCGAGGGGCUGACAAAACUUGACCUGACCGUAAACUUCAUCGGGGAGCUGAGCAGCGUGGAGACCCUGCGAGGCAACGUCCACCUGAGGGAGCUCUUCCUCAUGGGCAACCCAUGCGCAGACUUCCAGGGCUACCGGCCGUUCGUGGUGGCCACGCUCCGGCAGCUGAAGUGGCUGGACGGGAGAGAAAUAGAGCGUUCGGAAAGGAUCCAGGCAUUGCAGGACUUCCCCGAAGUUGAGCGACAAAUCAGAGAGCAGGAGAAAGCCUACUGCCUCAGACGAGCCCAAGAUAAGAGCGAGGCUGAGAGGAAGCUUCGAGAAGAGCAGGAGCCCGCAGAGAACGAGAGCCACCCCCCACCUUCUGGAGGGAGCGGAGACCAGCUCCAGAUACCGGAACGACAGGAAGGAGAACCCAACGGAAAGAAAGUAGACGACGUGGAAGACGACCUGGAGUUCUGGAACAAGCCCUCUCUGUUUACUCCGGAGUCGAGAUUGGAAACUCUGAGACAUAUGGAGAAACAACGACGAGACAAAGAAAAAUCAAGCGAAAAGAAGGUGAAACCACCCAGGAUGCUGAUCACUGCAGAUGGGAGAGCCCUGAACGUGAAUGAGCCCAAACUUGACUUCUCUUUGAAAGAUGAUGAGAAACGCAACCAGAUCAUCCUGGACCUGGCUGUGUACAGGUACAUGGAUACCUCUCUGAUCAAUGUUGACGUGCAGCCAACUUACGUGCGAGUCACCGUCAAAGGAAAGCCCUUUCAGCUUGUCCUUCCGGCAGAGGUCAAACCUGACAGCAGCUCUGCUAAAAGGUCUCAGACGACAGGGCACCUGGUGGUCUGCAUGCCCAAGGUGGAAGAAGUCAUCACAGGGGGCCCACGAACGUCCACGUCCACAUCCACGUCCACGUCCACGCAGAGCACCUCGUCCCGCAGCAGGGAGCACACGGGCAACAGAAGCAGACAAACCGAGAAACUAGAGGUGGAUCCCAGCAAGCACUCGUUCCCCGACGUGGCUAACAUAGUCGGAGGGAAAACUUCCACACCCAGAAGAGUCCGACCCGAACCCAAAGUCGUGCCCCGUGAGGAAGAUCCAGGCUUUGAAGAUGACCCGGAAGUGCCCCCGCUGAUCUGACACGUCAGGCUGCAUCGCCUGGGACCCCUCCCAGGACCCAGCUUUGCUCAGCACAGAAAGUGUAUGCACCUCGCUCAUGGGACACACACACAGUUAUUUAUCAGUGUCACUACCCUCGUGUCACAGCUCCCACUUGCUACAGCAAUAUUCUUAAACUACUUUAAAAUGAAAAGGGUACCUUAAAUAUGCUAGAACCCACUAUUUGUCUAGAAUAAAGUGCUAGUGAAAACGAAUGUUCAGUAAAUCAUAGAACUAACCUAAUGCAAAUAUUCCUUAAA